UCUCCUCCUCACCUCUCCUGAGUCCUCUCUAACGACACCAUGGGCUGCUGUGGCUGUGGAAGUUGUGGUGGCUGCGGCGGCUGCAGCAGUGGCUGUGGCGGCUGCAGCAGUGGAUGUGGUGGCUACAGUGGUGGCUGUGGUGGCUGCAACAGCUGCACCAGCUGCAGAUGCUACCGGGUGGGCUGCUGCUCCGGCUGCUGCCCCUGCUGCUGUGGCUGCUGUGGGGGCUGCUGCAGCACCCCCGUGGUCUGCUGCUACCGCCGCACCUGCAGGUGCAACUCGUGUGGCUGUGGCUGUGGGAAGGGCUGUUGCCAGCAGAAGAGCUGCUGCCAGCAGAAUAGCUGCUGCAAGAAGCAGUGCUGCUGCUAGACGGCCAGCCUGGUCUCUGUCCCCAGACCUUUCUCCCCUCCGUUCACCUGCCCUACCUGACGUCAUCUACUGUUCUGCGACUUAACUUCUGGGUGAGGCUGUUACUUUGAUCCUGGAUUUGGGUUUCUGUCUUUUCUUCUGUGGGUGUUUUCAGUUUUCCUCUCUGAAAAGUUACCAUUCAUUUAGCCAACCUCCAAAACAGAGAUAGGAAUACAGCUUGGCUCUUAAAGAAGUACGGACAUCCCUGAGCCCCCACAAGAUACGAUCAUGAUUCCCCAAAUCCUUUUGAUAUAAUUUCUUCCUUUCCACUUAUGUGCUGUUACCUUUGCCUCUUUUUUGUCCCAUAUUCCUAUUUG